AUGCUCAAUCGACUCCUCCGGCCGCAGGCGUCCCUGCGUGCUGCCUCCUCCAUCUGCCAGAAACCCACCUCCGCUCUCCCACGCUUCCAGACUCGAGGACUGCACCAAGUACCCAGCUUAAAUCACGGCGCAUAUUUCAAAGAAAAUGGAGUUCCGGAACUACUAUCGCCAGAGGGUUACGACUUUUCUUGGACACAAUAUCAGAGCCUCCUCGUCAAUAAACUGAACUUGUUGACACAGGACACCGUCGAUGCCGAUGCGAAACCCGGAGAAUUGCUGGUCAAGUACUCCCGUCGUCCGGAAAUGGCGUCCGUGUUCAACUACGCUUCGAUGGCUCACAACAACCAUUUCUUCUUCAACUGCAUUUCUCCUACUCGCACCGAAAUCCCAGAAAAGUUUGCCAAGGACAUCGUCGACACUUGCUCCUCCGUCGAAUCCCUCAAGCUCGAUUUCCUCGCGACCGCCAACUCCAUGUUCGGCCCCGGCUUUGUCUGGCUAGCCAAGAACCUCGAACGGGAGGGUCUGCUUCACAUCUUCUGCACAUACAACGCCGGUUCGCCAUACCCAGCAGCCCACGCGCGAAGACAGCCCAUCGAUAUGGCCACGCACACCCCCGACACUGCGCUCGGCAACCAGUACGCCGGUGCAAUGGGCGCCCACGCCUUGAACCAGAAGAACCUCGCCCCUGGAGCUAUUGACGUCCAACCCAUCCUCUGUGUCAACACAUGGGAGCACGUUUGGAUGAUGGACUACGGUAUUGCCGGAAAGGCCGAGUAUCUAGAACGGUGGUGGGACAGAAUCAACUGGGAGGUGGUUUUUGACAACUACAAUGCUGUUGGCUCAAAGUCAACUCGGGCUCCAGGUGGCAUGUCUCACAACCUUCGCAUGGCAUGA